AUGUCGCCCGCAACAAAUCCGAAUAUUCGUCGGUUACAACAGAUGAAAUCCACACAACGUAGAAGAACCUCAAAGCGUGCAAGGUCGCGUUUCGUUAUCUCGUCGAUUUCGAUGGCAUUUUUCGCCCUUAUUGCUGUUUUGAGUCUAUGUCCGCCGGUGGUGGCGGUUGAAACGGCUGAGGUUGAUGCCAAUAGUUAUGGGACAGUCAUUGGGAUAGAUUUAGGCACAACGUAUUCCUGUGUCGGCGUACAAAAGGGUGGCCGAAUCGAAAUCAUAACCAAUGAUCAAGGAAACCGGAUAACGCCGUCUUGGGUAAGCUUCAGUGGAGAUGAACGACUAAUUGGUGAGAGCGCUAAGAAUGCUUUGCAUUCCAAUCCUCGCAACACAGUUUUCGAUGCGAAGAGAAUGAUUGGUCGGACGAUGGAUGAUCAAGACCUGAAGCAUGAUACAAAACAUUGGCCAUUCCGUGUCCGAGACAAGGAUGGCAAGCCUGCUAUCAAUGUGAAGUUUCGCGGGGAAAACAAGGACUUUCUUCCGGAAGAAAUUAGUGCCAUGGUUUUGACGAAGAUGAAGGACACGGCGGAAGCAUACCUCGGAGAGAAGGUCACCCACGCUGUUGUCACUGUCCCGGCCUACUUCAAUGACGCCCAAAGGCAAGCGACGAAGGAUGCUGGCACGAUUGCUGGUCUCACCGUGCUGCGGGUCAUGAAUGAACCCACCGCCGCGGCGCUCGCCUAUGGAUUUGGUCAGAAAGGAGAAGAGUCUAAAAUCAUCGUAUACGACUUGGGAGGUGGAACUUUCGAUGUUUCACUUCUAUCAAUUGACGACGGCGUAUUCGAGGUACUCGCCACGGCAGGAGACACUCAUCUUGGCGGAGAGGAUUUCGAUAAUCGCGUCGUCGACUACUUUGUCAAAUCGUACAAGAGGAAAACCGGAACCGAUGUUAGUAAGAACCACAGAGCGAUGGGGAAGUUAAAGAAGGAGGUUGAGAAGGCGAAGACGACACUCUCCUCUCAGCAGAGUGCCAGGGUCGAAAUAGAGAGUUUUGAGAAUGGAAAUGACUUUUCGGAUAUUUUGACUCGAGCCAAGUUUGAGGACCUGAAUAUGGACUUAUUCCGGAAGACGAUGAAACCUGUCGAACUUGUUCUGAAGGAUGCAGGUGUUAGCAAGCACGAAGUUGACGAGAUUGUUCUGGUCGGCGGGUCUACCAGGAUACCCAGGGUACAGCAACUUCUACGCGAUUAUUUCGGCAAGGAGCCAUCCAAGGUUAUCAACCCUGACGAAGCAGUGGCUUAUGGCGCUGCACUACAAGGUGCUAUCCUUGGGGGUCACCGACUUGAGACGGAUGUAACUCUUUUAGAUGUCGCCGCUCUUACUCUUGGCAUCGAGACACAUGGUGGUAUUUUCGCCAAACUGAUCCCUCGGAACACCAUGGUUCCAACGAAAAAGAGUCAAAUCUUCUCAACCGCCGUCGAUAAUCAACAGACAGUUCUCAUACAAGUAUUCGAGGGUGAACGUGAGAUGACCAAGGACAAUCACCUCUUGGGCAAAUUUGAGUUGACAGGGAUCCCUCCCGCCCCUCGAGGGGUUCCUCAGAUUGAAGUAACGUUCCAAAUUGAUGCUAAUGGCAUCAUGCAAGUAUCGGCUGCUGAUAAGGGAACUGGUAGAUCAGAAUCCGUUACCAUCACCAAUGACAGGUCUCGUUUGAGCAAGGAGGAAAUCCACCAGAUGAUUCGGGAAGGCGAGAAGUUUAGUGAACAGGAUCAACUGCAACGCAAACGGGUGGAAUCGCUCAACUCACUGUCAAUAUUCGUUUACAGCUUGAGGGAACAAGUGAAUGAUCAGUCUGGGAUGGGGUCAAAAGUUACGCCUGAAGACAAAAAAGUUCUCCUGGAUGUUCUGGAGCACGGGAUCGAGUGGCUCGAUGAGCACGGUUCCACUGCCUCGAUAGAGGAUCUGAAAGAGAAACUAGUUGAUAUCCAAAAUGCUGUCAAUCCGAUAACAUCUAAGCUGUACAAGAACUCGGGACCAUCACCAGAGCAGCCAGAACAGGAGGAAAAGUGGAUGCACGAACCGGAUGAGCUGUAG